GUUGCUCGCACACUCGCAUGAAAACCCACUGCUGCUCCCCCCCCCUAAAAUUUCCUCCAAAAUUCUCCUCCCGCCAAUUCCCUCCAUCCCCCAAAAAUCUCACCACUUCCCCUCCUCUCUCCACUUUCCCGGAAAAUCCCCUUUCCAGCACCCCACAAAACCCUAGCACUCCAUCCUUCCGCGUCGCUUGCCCCGAUUUCCACUAAAAAAACCCUAAUUCCACUUUCUUACGCACUGACGAUAAACCCUAGGUCAGUCAAAAUGCCUUCCAUGUCUUCUCCAGGCAAAAUCCUGAAAUUGGAGAUGGAAAACUUCAAAUCCUACAAAGGUCUUCAAACAAUUGGUCCAUUCAAGGAUUUCACAGCCAUAAUCGGCCCAAACGGAGCUGGAAAAUCUAAUUUAAUGGACGCUAUCAGUUUCGUUCUCGGUGUCCGUACUGGUCAUCUCCGUGGAGCGCAGCUGAAAGACCUUAUUUACGCGUACGACGACCGUGAAAAGGAGCAAAAAGGACGGAGAGCCUUCGUGCGCUUGGUUUACCUGUUGCCUGACGGGUCGGAGCUCCAAUUCACCCGGGCUAUUACUAGCUCUGGUGGCAGUGAGUACCGUAUUGAUGGCAGGGUUGUUAAUUGGGAUGAAUACAAUGCCAGGUUAAAAGAGUUGGGCAUUCUUGUUAAGGCCAGGAAUUUUUUGGUGUUUCAGGGCGACGUGGAGUCCAUUGCAUCUAAAAACCCAAAAGAGCUGACCGCACUUUUUGAGCAGAUAUCUGGAUCUGAAGAUCUCAAGAGAGAAUAUGAAGAUCUUGAAGAAAAGAAAGCCAGGGCUGAAGAAAAAUCAGCUCUUGUUUAUCAGAAAAAGAGAACAGUAGUUAUGGAGAGGAAGCAAAAGAAAGAGCAGAAGGAAGAAGCGGAAAAGCAUCUACGUUUGCAAGAUCAAUUGAAAUCUUUGAAGAAAGAACACUUUCUAUGGCAAUUGUAUACCAUACACAAUGACUCAAUUAAGAUGAAUGCUGAACUUGAUGCUGAAAAGAGGAAUCAAGAAGAUCUCAUGCAAGAGCUUGAGAAGUUUGGACAUGAAGCAGACAAGAAGAAGAAGGAACAAGAAAAAUACCAGAAAGAGAUUACGCAAUGUGAAAGGAAGAUCAAAGAGAGAAGUUUAAAACUUGACAAGCAUCAACCAGAACUUCUUAAAUUAAAUGAGGAAAUGUCACGCAUAAAUUCAAAAAUUAAGAGCAGUCGUAAAGAGCUUGAGAGGAAAAUGGUAGAAAGGAGGAAGCAUGCUGAUGAGAUAAAAGAGCUGGAGAGUGGCAUUCAAGAUCUGAGUUCUAAAAUGGAUGGUCUUCGUGAAAAAAGUCGAGAUGUUGGUGGAAAACUUCCCUUGGCUGACGGUCAACUACAAGAAUACUUCCAAAUUAAGGAGGACGCUGGCAUGAAAACUGUCAGGCUAAGGGAUGAAAAGGAGGUUCUGGACAGGCAGCAACAUGCUGAUAUGGAAGCUCAAAAGAAUUUGGAAGAAAACCUCCAACAGUUGGAAAAUCGGGCACAUGAACUGGAUUCCCAGGACAAACAAAUGCGUGAAAGAAUGAAAAAGAUUCUUGAUGCUUCUACAAAGCAUAAAAAUGAGGUGAUUGAUCUGAAAAAGGAAUUGCGUGAGAUGCAAGAUAAACAUCGGGAUUCCAGGCACAAAUAUGAGAACUUGAAGUCCAAAAUUGGUGAAAUAGAAAACCAGCUACGUGAAUCGAGAGCAGAUAGACAUGAGAAUGAGAGGGAUGCUAAGCUGUUUCAAGCAGUUGAGACUCUCAAACGCCUAUUUCAAGGAGUUCAUGGCCGGAUGAUUGAUCUCUGCAGGCCAACCCAGAAGAAGUACAACCUUGCUGUUACUGUUGCUAUGGGGAAGUUCAUGGAUGCAGUUGUGGUUGAGGAUGAAAACACGGGGAAAGAGUGCAUCAAGUAUUUGAAAGACCAAAGGCUUCCUCCUCAGACAUUUAUACCUCUUCAAUCAGUUCGUGUAAAGCCAGUAAUUGAAAGGUUGCGUACCUUAGGUGGUACUGCAAAGCUGGUCUUUGAUGUGAUCCAAUUUGAUCCUGUCCUGGAGAAGGCAAUUCUUUUUGCUGUUGGAAAUACUCUAGUGUGUGAUGAACUUGAUGAAGCCAAGGUUCUUAGCUGGACUGGGGAGAGAUUUAGAGUUGUAACAGUAGAUGGGAUCCUGCUCACAAAGUCUGGCACAAUGACUGGUGGCACCAGUGGUGGAAUGGAAGCAAAGUCAAAACAGUGGGAUGAUAAAAAGAUUGAAGGCCUGAAAAGGAAGAAAGAACAACUUGAGUCUGAGUUGGAGGAGCUUGGGUCAAUCAGGGAGAUGCAUUUAAAGGAGUCUGAAGCAUCAGGAAAAAUGAGUGGGCUUGAAAAGAAGAUUCAGUAUGCAGAGAUUGAGAAGAAAAGUAUCGAGGACAAACUUGCAAACAUGAAAAAGGAGAAGCGGGUUAUUAAAGAAGAAAUUGACCGUAUAAACCCUGAACUUCGUAAGUUAAAAGAAACUGUCGAAAAGAGGGCCACUGAAAUUAGGAAGCUGGAGAAGAGAAUCAAUGACAUUGUUGACCGAAUAUAUAGAAAAUUUAGUGAGGAUGUUGGGGUGGAAAAUAUUCGUGAAUAUGAAGAAAACCAUGUUAAGGCUGCACAACACAUGGCUGAAGAAAGGUUAAGCUUGAGUAACCAGCUAGCAAAGCUGAAGUACCAGUUGGAGUACGAGCAAAAACGGGACAUGGAAUCACGAAUUAGAAAACUAGAAUCUUCUCUCGCUGCUUUAGAAAAUGAUUUGAAACAAGUUCAGAAAAAAGAGGCCCAAAUUAAAUUAGCAUCUGAUAAAGCUACUGAUGAGAUUAAUAAAUGGAAGGAAGAAAUGAAAGAGUGGAAAUCCAAGUCAGAAGAGUGCGCAAAUGAGAUACGUGAAUGGACGAAGAAGGGUUCUGCAGUUACAAGCAACUUAUCUAAGCUUACCCGUCUUAUAAACUCAAAGGAGACACAGAUUGCACAGCUAUCUUCCUGGAAGCAGGAUAUAGUGGAGAAGUGUGAAUUAGAAAAUAUAAACCUUCCCACUGUUUCUGACCCAAUGGACAUUGACUCGCCAAUUCCUGGGCCGGAUUAUGAUUUUAGUCAGCUAAAUAGAUCUCUUCAGGAUAGGAGACCUUCUGUCAGAGAGAAGAUUGAGGCAGAUUUUAAGCAAAAGAUAGAUGCCUUGAUAUCAGAAAUUGAAAAAACCGCACCAAACUUGAAGGCACUGGAUCAAUAUGAGGCUCUGAGAGAGAGAGAGAGGGUAGUCACUGAAGAGUUUGAAGCAGCCAGAAAGGAGGAGAAGCAAAUAGCUGAUUCUUACAAUGGAGUUAAGCAGAGAAGGUACGAGUUGUUUAUGGGAGCUUUCAACCACAUAUCAAAUAGUAUUGAUAAGAUUUACAAACAAUUGACAAAGAGCAGCAAUCAUCCAUUGGGCGGAAUGGCAUAUUUGAGCUUAGAAAACGAGGAUGAUCCUUUUCUACACGGUAUCAAAUACACUGCUAUGCCACCACAAAAGCGUUUUCGAGAUAUGGAACAGCUCUCUGGUGGGGAGAAGACUGUUGCAGCGCUGGCAUUACUCUUUUCCAUCCACAGCUACAAGCCUUCACCAUUUUUCAUACUGGAUGAAGUCGAUGCUGCAUUGGAUAAUUUAAAUGUUGCAAAGGUAGCUGGAUUCAUUCGAGCAAGAUCAUGUGAAGGAACCAGGGGUAUUGUGGAUGCUGAUGGUGGCAGUGGUUUUCAGAGUAUCGUGAUCUCUCUGAAGGAUAGCUUUUAUGACAAGGCCGAAGCAUUGGUCGGGGUUUACAGGGACUCUGAGAGGAGUUGCUCAAGAACUCUGACGUUUGACCUGUCAGUAUAUCGACCAUCUUGAGAAUCCAAUCGCAGAUUAGCAUCUUGUUUGUUUGGUUGGCUCAAAUCUUUAAACUUUGUAGAUAUGACAUUACAACCUGCGUAGCUACUUCUCUUUCUUUCUAGGCAGUGUGAUAGUUGUGCCAGUUUCUCACCUCCUCUGAUCAUCUAAAUCCCGAGACGUGUAUUAAUGACCUUAGAGAUGGAAUAUAAAAUCUGAUUUGUGAA